AUUUUAGUUUAGCUUUGUAAACAAUUUUCUGUCUAAUUUUCAAUGCGUAAAGGAGUAAAGGACGCAAUAAUGAUUAUUAAGAUUUAUUAAUAAUUAGGGUCCUAGUUGGAUAAUCAGCCUGUGUGCGGGCUAUUUAAAAUAUUUCAUUUUGCAAAAAUGUUGUUAUUCUCUUGAUCUCACCCAUGGAUUUUUGUCUACAAAAAUCAAUAUAUUAAACUUUUCAUGGACUGGACCCGAAAACUAAAGCAAUCACUUGAGAAACCAGGAAACAUAACGAAAAAUGAAGAUGAAAUUGAAUUGUUCAAUAAAUAUUUCCAGAAGUGGAAAAAUGACAAACAGAAAGAUAACCCAUCCUCAGCUAUUCCAAGAUUUUAUCACAAGUUGCCAUCAGAAGAAGAAGUCUUACUUCAGAAAUUAAGGGAAGAUGCAAGAGCUGCUUUUCUUCAGCGUAAAAGUAGAGAGUUGUUGGAUAAUGAUGAAUUACAGAACUUGUGGUAUUUAUUGGACAAACAUCAGACAUUUCCUGCUCUUCAUGAUGAGCAGAUGAUAAAUUAUAAGGAUUUUAUCGAAGUCAAAGAACAGACUGGGGAUAAAUGCAAAAAAUUCUUUACUGCAACAAUUUUCUCCAAACUUUAUCAAAAUGAUCCAUUUGGAAGGAUAUCAAUAAUGCAGUUUUUCAACUAUGUGAUGAGGAAAGUUUGGUUGCAUCAAACAAGAAUUGGUCUAAGUCUUUAUGAUGUGACGGGCCAGGGAUAUCUUAGAGAAUGUGACCUUGAGAACUAUAUCUUAGAGUUGAUACCAACAUUGCCUCAGCUGGAGGGAUUGGAAAAAUCAUUUUACUCAUUUUAUGUCUGCACAGCUGUCAGAAAAUUUUUCUUCUUUCUUGAUCCAAUGCGAAAAGGCAAAAUAAAGAUACAAGAUAUUUUGGCAUGCAGUUUCUUAGAUGAUUUAUUAGAGUUACGUGAUGAAGAUUUGUCAAAAGAACAACAAGAAUCAAAUUGGUUUUCAGCACCAUCUGCUUUAAGAGUUUAUGGGCAAUAUUUGAACUUGGACAGUGAUCACAAUGGCAUGUUAAGCAAGAAUGAACUGCUUAGAUAUGGAUCAGGAACGCUCACCAAAGUGUUUGUUGAUCGAGUUUUUCAGGAAUGUUUGACAUAUGAUGGAGAAAUGGAUUACAAGACUUAUUUAGACUUUGUUCUGGCUUUAGAAAACCGAAAGGAAAUGCAAUCUUUGCAGUAUCUGUUUCGUAUGCUUGACAUUCAGGGUCUUGGUUAUCUUAAUAAUUUUGCCUUUAACUAUUUCUUUCGUGAGAUACAAAUGGAAAUGAAAAAACAUGGUCAUGAUCCUGUAUUAUUUCAUGAUAUUCAGGAUGAAAUAUUUGAUAUGGUGAAACCAAGUAAUCCAUACAAGAUAACCUUACAAGACCUCAUCAACAGCGGUCAAGGUGAGACAGUUGUGAGUAUUCUGAUCGAUCUCAAUGGUUUCUGGACUUAUGAAAACCGUGAAGUUCUAGUAAUGCAAGAAAGCCAAGGUGCCUCAGAGGUUUAAUUAUCAUUUUUCAGUGGUCUAGGUUAGAAAUAUCCUGCACUGGCAAUUUGUGUAUAUUCUGUUUUUCCAUGUACAGAUCUUAAUAUUUAUUAAAUCUUUAUUUUUCAAUGACAA